AUGUCGGUUUCUUUUGUCUGGCGAAGCGAGGCAAGACAAGGUCAAGACAAAGAGACAAGAGGCACAAGAAAGAUGCCGAGUCGCUUGGAGAGGCGGGGAAGAUGGUUGAAGCUGUUGGCCAAGCGAGAGAGCAAAGAGGCGGAAAAGGGACGUGGAAUGCAGGUAUUCGGAGGAACACAAGCACAAAAGUAA